AUGCCUAGCAUCCGCUUCGUUUCCACGGCCAUAUCCUUCAUCGCACUAUACCAGCAGAUAAGCUCGGUGGUAGCAUCUUCGCUCCAAGACGACCCGGUAACUACAUGCAGCUCGUACGAUCUCAGCAAUAAGAACUUUCCGGGACGCGGGACCGCAAUUGAAGACGACGGUACCUGCAAGGUCACGAUGCCGGGGAACCGUGGUGCUCCACAUCGAAAACUCGAGGUAAUUGAGGGCAGCGAUACUGCCAAAUUGGAAGAAUACUUCGGUGUGAAACUGGAGACUAAACUGAAGAACCUACCGACUUCGGCUAUUCAUCAUCCGUCUCCAUGGAAUGGCCCGAGCUGGCUUGUCUAUCAAGACAGUAUCAACUACGAGUGGAAGAAGGGUCAGCUGAGUCCUGCUGAGAAAUACGCGACGGCCUUCGGUCUGAACGUCACAGAGUUCAUGGACAAGGUUUCGGCUCAAAACGGCAUCGAUUCGGAAAUGAAUUACAGCACGCCUUGUACCACUGACAACGAUUGUGACUUCACGACUUGCGCUAUCCGUAAAAAUGCGAUAUCGGGCUAUUGCAUCCCGACUUGGUACGGUAUCAGCCAUGCAUGGGCCCCGGCCUCCGUUCUGGAGAAAGGUCCCGUUUGUGCAGUAAACUUCAACGGCGUCGUCUUCCAUCCUAUCGACGUCAUGGGACUGGUCACUGACAUCUAUGACGGCGUCAAAGUAUCGACUAUCUUUACUGGGUCUCGCUACAACGGUGGUAACGAAUCAAUGGAUGCCUAUGGCCGAAGCGUGGAGUACUCGUAUCGCGACGUGAAUCCUGGGUUCUUCCACAUCGCUGCUACCAACCUUCUAGGCAAGCUCAAUCACACCUUCAUCAUUGACAGAUACGCUGGCUAUGGGGUGUGGAAUCAGCCUGUUUACGGGUUCGAGGUGAUCGAGCAGACGAGCAUGACUUUGCAGGAAGCCGCACAAACUUUCUACCGUUUGAACGCAUACCCUUGGAAUGACAAUGCUUCUAGCAUCGUCCACAUCACGGCCAACCUGUUGUGGAAUAACGACGUGGAUGCUGACGUACGCGACUCCAUUUUGGUCAUGAAUUCUGACCCGAGUGCGACUUACGAGUACCUUCUGGAAUUGAACAAAGCCGAAGAGAUCAUUGGUGGAGAGUGGUUGAACAAAUCAAACGACAACCACCCAGAUUUCAUUUGGUUUCCUAAGGGAAAACCUACUUCGGACACGGUGACGAAUAUUGGUUUGAGCUAUGCCAACGUGGCGAUGCUGCUAGAGAAAGCUGCAGCGUGCUCCCACUCGACUUAAGAGCGUGGUUUGAAAACAAUUUACUUCGUGGUUGGAUCGAUGAUCAAACGCAGGAUGUUUGUCAACUUUGAUACUCCGAGUACAUGGGUUUACAAAAAAAAAAAGAAGAGAGAGAGAGAGAGAGAGA